AAACACCAUGAAAAUAUUCAUUAAAUAACAUAUAAACAUGCCAGCUUGGGAAAAUCAGUAAGCAAAGGAGUCAGGAAAUUCCAAGUUGUUAUCAAAACUCUCGGCUCAUAGGGCUUUAAUCCAGGUGCCCUUGUCUCCUACCCUUGCUGCCAUCCCAGUGUCUCCAUGGAGUAAGUAGAAAUAAAGAUCCUAUCUCACUUCUUAGGCAUUUUCCCCUCCCCAGGAAGCCCAUAAUCGCCUAGCACGUCAGUGACUAAGGAGCCAGGCUCCAAAGAAGAUUAGAGGAACAGUUUGUGGGGUGCACUGGGCAAGGAGUAUUCUCCUCUGAGUUCAAUCAUCUUGCACUCCUAAGAAUCACCACCAUGGCCCUUGUGCCAGGGAGCAGCGAGGAGGAUGGGCUUUGGAAUAGAAAUAGCCUAGGCUCCUCUCAGCAUCCAGAAAGUCCCAGGCUGCCCAACCGUCUCGGGGACAGAGGAGAGAUUGGCAAGGCUGAAGGUCACCAGGAUAUUCAGGUUUUCUCUCAAAAGUCCCAUCUGCCAUCUAUUGUGGUGGGAGCCUCUGAGGUGAAUGAAGAGAGUGGGGAUCUCCACUGGCCCCAUGAGGAGCUGCUGCUGCUCACUGAUGGUGAGGAAGAGGAGGCGGAGGCCUUUUUCCAAGACCAAAUUGAAGAGGCAGGCUGGGCUUGGAGCCCACAGGAUGCUAGAUCUCCUUUAAGAACAUUUAACGCUGGACUCAGCUGGGGGCAGGACCAGGAUGAGGAAGAUGCUUGUUGGAUUCCUGAGGACACAGAGUGUCAGGGAGCCACCAACCACUGUCCUUUCUGGGACUCAGGAACAGGGUCCGGUGUUUGCAGAAGCAGCUUUGUGGAAUAUUCCCAUCUCCUGCCUCCCAGUAGCUUUGAGGGAGCUGAAGAAGAAGCUGUUCAAACGCCGGCGGGUGUUAAAUCGGGAGCGGCGUCUGAGACACCGGGUGAUCGGGGCUGUGAUAGACCAAGGGCUGAUCACGAGGCACCACCUCAAGAAGCGGGCGUCCAGUGCACGUGCCAAUAUUACUCUCUCCGGGAAGAAGCGCAGAAAACUCCUGCAGCAGAUCCGGCUUGCCCAGAAAGACAAGGCAGCCAUGGAAGUGGAAGCCCCUACAAAGCCAGCCAGGACUAGUGAACCACAGCUCAAAAGGCAAAAGAAGACGAAAGCCCCUCAGGACGUAGAAAUGAAGGACCUUGAAGAUAAGAGCUAAACCUCUUCCACUAGAAGAGUCUCAGCUGGAACCAGCCUUCAGACUCAGUGGAUGUUUCAGAGCACUUUGAUAAAAGCAGUGCUCCUUUUCACUCUCCAGAUUUCCUCCUCCCUAAUGGCCUACUGACCUUCCCUAGAGGGAUGUCUUUGGGAGGGAAGAAAGUUGAGAAGAAAGAUUGGAGAAGGGCCUCUGCAGCAGUCAACUCCAUUUGUAAUAAAGCCCUAGCACUCUGA